AUGGACUACGACAACAACGGGGCUCGGUCAUGGAUACCGCGGUUUCUGAGACCAGCGAAGAACAACGACACCACGCCCAACGAGCGGACUUCUCUUCUGCCUGACUCUCGGCAUGAAGAGUGGUCGACGGGAGAAACGCAUGAGCUGGACGAUGAAACAGCAUCAGGCUUGCAGCUUGUUCUCAAUGAGUUCUGGAUCCUGUUCAAAGGAUCACUGCCCGUGGUUGUAGCAUACGCGCUGCAAAACUCGUUGCAAACAAUUUCAGUCCUCAUAGUUGGCCGGCUAUCGCCAGAAGCACUGGCUACAGCGGCUUUCUCAUACAUGUUCGCAAUGGCGACUGGCUGGCUCGUUGCUCUCGGCGGCACCACCGCCAUCGACACGUUGGCUUCUGCGAGUUUUACCGGCAGCAAGAACCGGCACGACCUUGGGAUUAUUCUUCAGCGCUCCUUUGUGGUGCUGCUGCUCUUCUACAUUCCCAUUGCCAUCCUGUGGUUCUGCUCCGAGCCACUGUUCAAGGCACUCGGCCAGGAAGACUACAUUGCGCGCGACUCGGCGAGAUUCCUCUCCGUGCUGGCCCCCGGAGGCAUAGGCUACAUAUACUUUGAGGCGCUGAAAAAGUACAUGCAGGCACAGGAAAUCAUGAGACCCGGCACGUACGUCCUUCUCAUCACGUCUCCGCUGAGUGCCAGCCUGAACAUCCUGUUCGUGUAUACCUUUAACAUGGGCCUGCUUGGCGCACCCCUCGCUACGGGCAUCGCAUACUGGGCGUCCUUCUUCCUGCUGCUCGCCUACGCGCGGUUCGUAGACGGGUGGCAGUGCUGGGGCGGGUGGGACCGCAAGUGCUUGCAGAACAUGUGGGUGUUUGCACGGCUGGCGUUCCUCGGCGUCAUACACGUGGGCACGGAGUGGUGGGCAUUUGAGAUUGUCGCGCUGGUUGCAGGCAAGCUCGGGACGAUACCGCUGGCUGCGCAAAGCGUCAUCAUGACUACGGACCAGGUCAUGAAUACGAUUCCCUUUGGCGUGGGCGUUGCCACGUCGUCCCGCGUCGGCAAUCUGCUUGGGGCGCGCAACGCAAAAGGCGCCGCCCGCGCUGCUAACACGGCCGCUGUGCUGAGCAUGGUGCUGGGUGCUCUUGUGCUGGCGGUGCUGAUGGGGGUCAAGGGCUUUUACGCAAAGAUCUUCAACGACGACCAGGAUGUCAUCAGGCUGACGGCGAGAGUCAUGCCAUAUGUUGCAUUGUUCCAGAUUGCAGAUGGACUCAAUGGGAGCUGCGGCGGGGCUCUCAGAGGCAUGGGCCGGCAGCAUAUUGGAGCGACGGUCAACAUAGUCAGCUACUACUGCGGUGCGUUGCCACUGGGCAUCUGGCUUGCAUUCCAUGGCUGGGGUCUCUCAGGCCUCUGGGUUGGGCAAUGCAUCGCCCUGUACCUUGUCGGCUUUGCAGAAUGGGCCAUAGUUGCAUGGAGCGACUGGAGCCACCAGGUCAAGAAGGCAUUUGAGAGGAUGGAUGCGGAUGAUAGGGCCGAGCUGGGUAUUUCUCCGGACGAAGCGACUGUCAGCACGUAG